AUGUCGCGAGAUCCUUACCUCGAUGCGAAAGGCGAGGUGGAAACUAACAUCCAAAACGUCAACAAUCUGCUCGGAUCCCAUAGCCGAAUAAGCGGUGCGAGUGAUCCUUCAGCGAUAGCAGAGACCAUCGAGGAGCUUCAAGCCACGCUGAACCUUCUGGAGACGGAUCUGCAAGACUUAGAAGACUGUGUCCAGGUGGUUGAAGGCCACGGCGAUCGUUGGGGUAUAGAGGCGAGCGAGGUUCGACAGCGCCGCUCAUUUGUUGACCGAGUCACGCGCGAUGUUGAGCGCCUUCGCUCAAGAGUUCGAGAUGUGGUCGGUAAGGGGAAGAAACGGCAUCAGCAGGCCUUCCAGGCCUCCGACAUUGAAAACCAACGAGCAAGUUCCGAUGCCGAGGAAGUCGAGAGAUGGGAGCGAGAGGAACAACAGGUGGGCCUCAGCACCGUGAAGACACUGACAGCUGGCCUUAUUGGACAAGAAGUCGCCGAGCACAGCGAGAUGUUGGACGACCUGUCGACUGGUGUGGACAACACCCAAUCACGCCUCUCCCGAGUUUCACGAACAAUGCAAGAGUUUAUUCGCAAGAACGAAGCUCGUGGUGCAUUGUCAUUCUGA